AAAAGCUGGCCGUGGUGCUGAAAACGCGUUCCGACCGCCGUGCUGCUGGAGCAUUUGUACGUUUCAUAGAACACCUAUACGAACACAUUUUUGUACGAGAACAAAAAGAAUAUAAAUAAAAAACAAAAAAAAACAAAACGUCCAGCAGUUUGUGUAGGAACAGAACAUCCAAGAAGAAAGAAGUUCCGUAACUUUUCGUGGUAACUUGUUACUGAGAAGAAGGAGAACAAAACGAAGAAAAGAAUCGGCUUUCCCCUCCAGGAUUCCAGGUGCCCCCCUCCCUGCCUCCCUCUCUGCAUGGUCAUGAUCUCAGGGUGUCUUUACCUGCUGCUGAUCCUGCACAGUAUCGACCAUCAGCUCACAGCUGCCGCCCCGGUGGUUGCCGAGGGGAACGGCGAGGACGCACGCCAUGCAGCAGCUCCUGUGGGCGUCGCCCAGGUGGUGGAGGGGCCGGUGGGGGCGGAGGCAGAGAGGGACGGUCUAGGCCACGCCCCCGCCCUUGCGGAGGCAGCGGCGUCUCUGCUGGGGGCCCGGGGCCCACCCCAGGGGGGCGGGGCGGAUGAGCAGCAGCAGCAGGCUGCUGAAGUGAGGGAGGAGGAGGAGGAGGAGGACAGGAGGAAGAGGAGGUCAGAGUCAGAGGAGGGCGGACAGGAGGAGGAGAAGGGGGCGUCGAGCGAAGGGGAGGCGCAGCGGGAGGAGGAGUCGAGCCUGCAGGAGGCGCUGGAGGAGCUGUGGAGCUACGGCUCCCCCGCGGGCGGGAGAGGGAGGCAGCAGGGGGCGCUGCAGCGCGCGGCUCGGGGCUACUUCCCCAACAUCGACCUGGGUCUCCAGGACAACGAGAUCCUGCCGCCACUCAAGGGCUACAAGCUGUACAACCAGGAGCUGGCGCGGUCCGGCAAGAAGCUGAAGUGGCAGGAGGGGGGAGGGAAGAACGGGCCGCUCUACAACACGCUCAACCCCGUCGCCUCCGACGACGGCGUCUUCGCUCCGGAGGAGGAGGACGAGGAGGAGAUGCUGACGCGGGAGGAAGAGGAGGCUCGGGCUCGAGCGGAGCAGGAGGAGAUCAGGAGGCAGGUGGCGGAGGCACAGAGGAACAGGGAGGAGGAGGCGAAGUUGGCGGACAUGGCCUCCGACAUGCUGCUGCAGUACAUGGUGAAGAAGCAAGGGGGCGCUGGCGGGUUCCCCCGCAGGAAGGCAAUUCUCGGGAACGCUGUGGAGGACAAGCGCUCCGAGGAGGUGGAGGAUGACGACGAUGAAGAGGACGUGGACCCUCAGACCAUCGACAAGCUGAUCGAGAUCUCCAGCAAGCUGCACCUGCCGGCCGACGAUGUGGUCGACAUCAUCAGCGACGUGGGCAAGAAGAAGAGGAGGAAGAAGAAGAAGAAGGACUCUCCCGAAGUCAUCCCCCGCUACCGGCCCCUCAUGCCCCCGCCGGCCUUCCUCCCCGUAUCCCCGUACCCCGCCCCUCGCCCCCCCCUGCGCAAGCAGCCAGCCCCCUACCUGGGCUCGUACCCCUCCCCCUCCAGGAAGUGGUACCAGGACAAAGGGAAAAUGAAAGGCAGCAAACAGAAGUACUGGGGCAAGCCGCCCAAACAGCUCCUGGCCUACCCCUCCUACCCCUUCUACCAGAAGCCGUACCGCGCCUACUACCCCGUCUACUUCCCCUCGCCCCACCCCAAAUCCCGCUACUUUGCCAAGCCGGCACUCUCGCUGGACGACCUCCUGGGCAACUCCAUGGACUACGACUUCAAGCCCCCCAAACAGUGGUACCCCCCCUGGAAGAGGCCGGCCCCCCCGCAGAGCCCCUACAUCUCCAAUUACAUCCUUCCGCACCCCCGGACUUACCAGGCCCCGCCCCUGCCCAAGCCCCGCCCCCCUCUGCUGCAGCGUCAGUCUGUCUACUACCUUCCCGCCGCCGCCAUGGCGCCCAGAGAUGACGAGUUCUACGGACAGGCGGGACAGCAGGACAGCGACGAGGAGCUGGAGAACUUUAUGGAGAAGGUCUACAUGAAGCGCAGAAUGUACUAGUGAGGGACAAACGAGAGGACUACUAGGGGCGAGGUGAACAGACGGACGGACAGACAGACAGACAGACAGAGAGGGAGAGAGGGAGAGGGAGGGAGAGAGAGAGAGAGAAAGGGAGAGGGAGGGGAAGAGAGAGAGAGAUGGAGACAAAGAUGCAACGGUGGAAAGAUUGCAUUUUACGAUUUAUUUCUGUUUCCACUGUGUUGUUGUGUGCUGGGAAACGGAGAAACGAGCCUCUCUUUUCUCCUCCUGUUUAUCUUGUGGCGGCCAUGUUGUCUAUUGCUUCAUUUGUUUCAGUCAGAGACUUUCUCUGCUGCCAUUCAGGUCAGUCCACUCUUGCAUGCUCCUCGAGUUGAAAAGAUAAAAUUACUCGUGUUUUUAUUUUAUUGUA